GCGGUAUAGAAUCAUUCGCCCAAAUCGAUUGUGUGCCCAGAAAUUCAAGCAUCCUCCCCGGACUGGUUUUGCUAUAAAAGUUGCAGGUCGAACCAAUCGAGUCAUAGUCCAAUUUGCUAGCUCAAAUCAAACUAAUCCAAACCAAUCAUGUUCAAGCUGUCCGCUCUCGUUGUCCUGUGCGCCCUGGUGGCCUGCUCCUCGGCCGAGCCCAAGCCCGCUGUUCUGGCCGCCGCCCCUGUGGUUGCUGCUGCCCCUGCUGGUGUGGUUACCGCCACCAGCUCCCAGUAUGUGGCUCGUAACUUCAACGGAGUCGCCGCCGCACCGGUUGUAGCCGCCGCCUACACUGCCCCGGUUGCCGCCGCUUACACCGCUCCCGUUGCUGCCGCGUACACCGCCCCUGUGGCUGCCGCUUACUCCGCCCCUGUGGCCGCUGCCUACUCUGCUUACCCCUAUGCUGCCUACCCCUACACCGCCAGCUACACCACUGUCUUGUAAAGUGGAUCGCCACGAAAAGGACUUUGAAAACGGAUUAAAAUGAACAACAUAAUGAAAUAAAAACAUUUACAAGAUAAA